GUCUCAACUCAGCUGUACCAUGUGGACAACGAGUUUUUCUUGAACCAUGUUUCUCACACAAGUAAAUGUUUUGCAAUAUAAUUGUAAAAUAUAUUGCUCUUAAUCAUGACGCACAACGAGAAAAGGAUCGGUUGGCUUCAAGAGGGUCUUAUAGGCCUUGGUGUUGGUGUUUUAUAUGGCACAACCAGUGUAGCUGUUGGACACCCAUUUGAUACUAUUAAGACCAAAAUGCAAGCACAAGCAGGCUUUGAAAAGACUGGUAUGAUUAGUUCGUUUGUGAAGACCUUACGUCAGCAAGGAAUUAAAGGUCUUUAUAGGGGGUGUGUCCCACCAUUGUGGGGUUCUGGUAUUUAUAGAUCAACACARUUUGCUGUAUUUGAGGCAAUAUAUACCAUGAUGAACACAAGACGUGGUGUCCAGGAAAUUCCAUUCACAUCAGGACURCAAGUACGAGUAUUGGUAGCAGGUGCAUUUGCUUCAACUACAAGAGCAAUCAUUGAAACACCUUUAGAAUUAGCCAAGAUAAGAAGACAAACUGGACAAUCAUGGCAAUUUAAGGGAUUAUACAGAGGUUUUGGGGUAACCUGGUGCCGAACUAUGGGUCUGAUGUGUACAUACUUUGUAUUGGUGGACAGUGGCAGAAGACAUUUUCCUGAUCACUUCAAGAAACCUUUACUAGGACCUUUCCUUACUUCAGGAAUUGCUGCCACUCUUGCUUGGUGGUUAGUGUGGCCACUUGAAUACAUGAAGUCUCAAGUCCAGGGAAACUAUGGAAAAGAUAUGCCAGUAGUAACUCGUAUGAGAUUGGUCAUCAAAGAAAAGGGAGGUUUCUUWGGUCUUUAUAGAGGAAUACUUCCUGGUUCAAUCAGGAGUUUCAUGUCYAAUGGAUGCAGUAUGAUAGUGAUGAGCUGGGCACAAAGAAAGGUCUCAGAAUGGGGAUUGAGAGAAAAAAUUGGAUAAUAUUUUUAGUGAAAACCAGAAACUAACAAGGGAAUUAAAACAU